CUUUCACCAUCUGCAACCUCCGUCCAAUCCACAAAGCUUGCUGCUUCGGCCUCGAAUGACGUCAUAAGACCGGUACCUUCUUUCCGCGUUGCAUCAGUGGUCUGGUUCUUGAUCAUGGACGCGACCGUCGAGGUCACACACCCAUCGCCGGUCCAGGCGGAGCCUUUCGUCAAACCACAGCCCCGACCACCGAAGAGCCCGGCCAAGUCGGCGCAGAUCCGAGUCCACAACCGGCGCCGUGAGUACCUGGAGCGACACCCGACGUAUUUCAAGUCGCUAGAGCACGAGCUUGCCGACCCACUACUCUACGAUGCCUUAAUACGCCGCUUCCAAACAGCCGAAGAGCGGGAGACUGAAGGCCGCAACAAGGGCUACUCGCGUGUCCUAGAAGUAGACCUCCUCCGCGGCGAGGCGAAGCUGACACAGCUCGCCGAAGCUGCCGCCAAGGUCAACGGAGGUGGGAAUGCGCCACCUAGCAGUGAUUUGUUCAAGUCGGAGCUCCCCAUCCUCGAGGAGGAAGCCAAGUGGGCGGAGACUAAGGACGAAGGGCGAGAAAGGUGGGAGGAAUUCUUGAGGUGCAGGUUUGUGCAUGGGCUGGAUGAGGACUUUAAUUAUGAUCCGGUUGAUCAGAAUGAUGCGCUGGAUGUUUUGGAGAGGAGGGAUGAGGAGGAGGCAUGGUUCAAUGAGGAGGAGCCUGAGUGGGUCAGUGAGGGCGGAGCUGAGAACGAAGGGGCGAAGAAGAAGCGACUGGAAGGAGAGACGGGAAUCCAGGAUUUCUAAGCUUUCGCGAAGUGGUCAGGUGUAGACCUAGUCUGGCCGGACCAUGCUGUACCUGUUACCAUCGACGCUGUUAUGAACUCUAGAUCUACUCUAAAGCUAAUAGAUGUCAUAGCUAGCUGGCUAUUAGGAUCAUGUACAUUCAGCAGGCUUCAUUUUCUGCAAUCCGGUCCCUGCCUUUCUGUUGAUGCGAUCAAAGGGCGUUCAACGGAGGACUACGACG